AUGGCGCGCCGUCACCGCCCGCUCUUCUACACUGUUCUCGCGUCGGUGAUAGCGCUGCUUGUGGUGCACGGCGGUGCACCGGCGGCGGCGCUAUUCGGAUCGGCGCCGUGCCCCGCCACGGUGGAGGCUGCGCUGGAGUGGUGCAACGGGCUCUUUGGCGGCGCUGGCGGAAUCGUCACGGUUGGUGCGUGGAGCGAACACUUCUUCGCGUGUGUAUGCAACGGCGUUGCACCGCUAGUCAUCAGUCGUCACACCGAUUCACCUGGCGGAAGCGAGCAGCAGUCGUCGUCAUCGCUCCCUGAAUGGGACUCCUCGCGAGCGUGGUCGACCCAAUUGUCGCCGUCAAUGGCGAUAUCCUCGUCCUCAGCGCCAUCAAAGCACACGUGCCGGUGGGAUGGCUUCUUCUCAUCGUACCCUGAUGGUGAACAAUGCCUGCCUAGCACUGGCGUGUGCCCCACCAACUGCACUGUCAUGCCACCGUUCCUCUGCGACAGCCAGCAGGCAAGCAGAUGCACCAUCAGCGACAACGGCACGCUCCUGUACACCUGCCUGACCUGCACUGGACGGCUAUUCACCAUUAACAAGACAGGCCCAGACACUUGCCCCCGCACGUACACGGGGGCGCUGUGUGACCCGCGGACUGAGUGCAGCGGCCAUGGAUGUUGCGCCAUGCACAACGUCGAACCCUCGAGCAGCUCCGCGACUGGCGGCGUGUGCAAUUGUUUUGCGAACCGCUCGCAUGGCUACUACGCCGGUGAAAACUGCGCUGCAUGCGCGCCCGGCUACUAUGUGGACUCCGAGGGGGUCUGCAAGACGCGCGUGCAGCCAGUGCAGAUUUUGCUGGCGUCGAUUGGCAAGACGUGGACGAUGGUGUCCCCCAACGUCUCAGUGCUCUUCCUCUUUGUCAUUUUCAGUAUGGUGCGCAAGCUGAACACGUCUGACCGGCCGUUCGAACUGACUGGCCUGCGGCGGGCAAACCUGUCCUCGGUGCAGGUGGCGCGGCGGCGGCAGCAGAGCCUCUUCCACUCCAAGUACAUCCCGAUGCGGCCGGCGAAGAGCCGCUCUUUUACGAAUCCGCACCAGCCCCGCACGAGAGGACCGCCCGCGUAUUGA